UAUGACAUGACAAAGACACGUGACAACGACAAUGAACCGACAAGAAGUGAAAGAAACCAGGGAACUAAAUACAAACAGAUUGACGAGACAACGAGGAACACCUGGACGAGACACGAGUGGCUGGAGACAGCUGAUUGGUCAACACAAGGUAGACGAGAACAGGCAACAACUUAAUGAGCACACGACAAACAUGGGACACAGGAAAACAUGGAACAAAACUAAACACAACCCAAACCAAAACACAGACCAUGACAAUAAUAUAAUAAUACAGAAAAUAUAUUCACUCUGUAACUUUACUGAGAAAAAAAAUAAUGAUGUGUGGAUGUGUUAAAUGAAACCUCUUUAAGCAUCACACAGCACGGAAUUGUUCAAGCAACUUCCUUGUUUGGUCUGUUCUAUCUUUAAGGCCAUAAUUAUAUUGUUAGCGAUCAGACCCGCCGUUGUCAGAUAUAAAAAUAAAUAUUUAUGACAUCACAUGAGAACUGAAAGGGAAUUACCCGAGAUGAGAAAUCAAGUCAUUACCGGUAUUUAUCGAAAGUACUGCAUAUUGUGUUUCACUUGUAAUUCUUCCUUGUAAAAUAGUGGAGGAAAAUGUUUUGUUUAUAUUAACAUCCAUGUUGUGUUGCUAUCUAUAGCAUAUCACAAUUUAGCUUGAAACAUGUUGCAAACAGCUAGUUGUGAGUUGACUUGAAGAAUUGACAGGUUUGAUGUAUCGUGUUAUUGUCAUGAUCCAUGCCCUGCUGUUCCUCUUUUGGAGCUUGGGUGGGGCUGUGUGCCUUGUCUCGCCCUCUUCCCCUCUGUCUCCCAAGCCUGUUUAAAGCCCGUCAAGUUCUACAGCCUUCGCCUGAGUAUUGACGCUUGUUGUGACGCACCGGCCGACUCUCGUGCUACCAGUCUCGCUGACCACUCCAGCCACGCCGCCAAGCCACACCACCUGCUCACGUUCCCGCUUUCUGCUCGUUCCUUGUUCCCGACAGCCCGCCACCUCGCCUUGGAUAUCCUUACCCUGUGCCAACCUACAAUAAACCAUUCUAGCCUCAGUCUGCUCUUGGGUCGAAUUCACAUCCUACUACGCUCCGUGACAGUUAUAUGAAGUAACAGAUAAGUAAAGUCCAUGUUGAUCGUAUAAGCAAACUAAACCAAAGCGCUGCUUAUUAAUAGCAGAAGUGGGACAUCAACUAAAAUGAAAAAAAAAAUUACAUGAAAUAGAUUAUGAGCUAACCUUAACAUGGUGGAUGACAUUUUUUAAUGAGGACAAACAGGUGUGUGUGUGUAUGCAUGGACAUAUAAAGUAACCCACCUGCGUUUACAACCUAUCCUGGAAUUAGAUUAGGCCCAAAAGAGUAACUGGAACCAAGUUGAAAUGUAUCUUUCACGUUCUGUUGGAGGAGCAGGGGCAAAGCACCAGAUUAUGGGCCGCCGAAACAUAAACCUCAUGGAGGACCCCCCAGCCCAGACAGUGUCAAGUUUUUACCCCCUGUUCGACGCCCCUGAGGAGGAGGAUAUUCAGUCAUUCAUUCAUCUUCCGUUCCGCUUAUAAUAUUUAUAUUUUAAAAUGGGAUCCGGUGGCACGGUGGGCGACUGGUUAGCCCAUCUGCCUCACAGUUCUGAGGACCGGGCUUCAAAUCCCGGCCCCGCUUGUGUGGAGUUUGCAUGUUCUCCCUGUGCCUGCGUGGGUUUUCUCCGGGCCCUCCAGUUUCCUCCCACAUCCCAAAAACAUGCAUGGCAGGUUGAUUGAAGACUCUAAAUUGCCCUUAGGUUUGAAUGUGUGCGCGACUGGCGACCAGUUCAGCGUGUACCCCGCCUCUCGCCCGAAGAUAGCUGGAAUAGACUCCAGCACGCCCGCGACCCUUGUGAGGAUAAAGCAGUACAGAAAAUGGAUGGAUGGAUGGAAAAUGGGAUACUUGUAAGUAGUUAAAAACAUGACAAUGUUCACUUCCUGGCUAAAACAUUUAGCACGCCUCCAUAAUCUUUUGGGAUCCAAUACAAGAGCUGCCUUUACAAGGAUGAAAUGCUCUCUAUUGACAAUGUUUAUUAUUAAGGUUGUACUUUGUAGUAGCAAAUAACGCGUUUUUAUUGUUGUUAAAAUAGAAUUUUUGAUUCGUCGAUCUGUUAGAUCUCUUUAGAUUGUGCAGGAGUGCCGAAUCCUGAUGCCUUUCAAUAAGCGUACCAAUGAAUGGUGUGAUUUUGUGAUAAUCAGUCACAUAUUUAUACUGUCAUAUUAAGCUCCACCUUCCCACCAUAUAUUUAGACAUUUAAUGUUGGUGUUGCAACUUUCUGAGCCAUUCAAGUUGUCAGAGGUUACAUGUCAAGAUUGAACAUGACAUCAGGGUUGGGUUUAACCCUUCUGGUGUUGAUUCUAUCAAGGCCCGCUGUGACCUUUGUCCCCAUCGGGGGUGGGACAUCCACACAUGUCAGCAUUACAGGAACAGCCCUUUUGCAAAAAGUGACGGAAACAUGUCGAGCUGUGGCUGAGGCUGCUGGUCAUGAGUUCAAACCAACGGGUUCUUCUCCUGGGGAGCUGGUACAGGCCUGUCUUGGUCCAACAGCUACAGGUGAGGUGUCAGGUGUGAAGUUUCACUCGGCACUACAGGAGAUUUACACCCAAAAUGGACUUGUCGAUCGGAAUUUUGGUAACAGUGCUCCACAUCAUUUCAAUUCUGAGGCCUUUUUGGAGGGACGUAGUCUUAUUACAAAUGGUAUGACAUCUAUUAAGGCUAAUAUUCGCAUUGAGAACUUCAAGGCUGCCAGAGAAACACUGGGUAGAGUCCUUCAUACACUACAGGACUUCUAUAGCCACAGCAACUGGGUGGAGUUGGGCUACACAGAGCCAUAUGUCGCUCUCUUACGUCCUGACCUUCCUUUAGAAAACCUUGCAGAUAUCGAUACUGCCACCUGUAGCGACUGUGCCACAGGAACGUGUUCCAACCCAAUCCUUCAAAACAUCCUGAAAGAGAAGAAGCUAACUUCUGGCUACAUGGGAUCUUUUUCUGCUGGCAAGCCCCAAGGUAAAUGUAGCCAUGGAGGUGAAGCUGAUCUCUCUAGCACAACAGUUCCUCGAGGAGGAAUCAACAAGGAUGAGCGUCGCUCUGACAACUUGGCCUUCCACAAUGCUGCUGUAAAUGCAGCCACAGUCGCCAGCCUCCAACUUCUGGAGGACAUCCGGUUGACUGCAGGGAACAACGACUUCCUAAGAUUGAUGGGGAUCACCCGUUCUUCUGUUGUGUGUUUUGUUAUUGACAAUACUGGCAGUAUGUCAGAUGACAUUGAUGCAGCCAGAAAUGCUGUGUACAAAAUCAUUGACAGAAAAAAAGGAACACAAGAUGAGCCGUCAGAAUACGUUUUGGUAACCUUCAAUGACCCCGAUUUUGGACCUUUAUUCAGGACAACAGACCCUGAUGAAAUGAAAACAAAAAUUUCAAAGAUAAAAGCAACAGGAGGCGGUGACCUCCCUGAAAUGUGCUUGUCAGGACUACAGUUGGCUCUCACCGGUUCUCCUGCCUCCUCCCACAUCUAUGUCUUCACAGACGCUCCAGCUAAAGACAUACACCUGAAGAACACCAUUGUGGCCCUCAUCAGAAGCACAAAGUCAACGGUGUCAUUCUACAUCACCAAGACCAUUGGAAGACGCCGGCGUUCUGUCAGGGCUGCUUCCUUUAAUGACUACAGGGAACUGGCUCAGGCUUCAGGAGGUCAGGCCAUACAGGUGUCCAAGGGUCAGUUGCCUCAAGCCACAGACGUCAUCCUUGAUACCUCCACAUCAGCUUUGGUGACAGUUUUUCAGAGAGCAAUGGAUCCUGGGAAGCCAGAGACCUUCCCUUUUAUGCUGGAUGAAUCUCUACAAAACAUCACAAUCUACAUCACUGGAACAUUUAUAACUUUCACACUAACCAAUCCUGCAGGUGUGAAUCAAAGUAAUACUGAGACCACUGGUGCGCUGGCAUUCAUACAGACAGUAGGCAACCUGAGGAGAAUUCUUCUCAAUGCAGACAAACAACCAGGCUCCUGGAAAAUCAGCAUUAACUGCAAACAACCAUACACGAUUAAAGUCACAGGCCAGAGUACUAUUACCUUUAUCUACGACUUUGUGGAGAGCUUCAAGGGACCUCACCCAGGUUAUGCAGUGGUCAGUGGGCUUCCACAAGCUGGCCGGCCAGCCACCUUGAUCCUCUCUGUAAUCGGAAGAAAAGGUCCAUCCUCCCUCAGUGUAGAAAAUGUUGGCCUUGUAGUGUCUGACACUGGAGCUGAAAGUAAUGGUACAAGAACUGACAUGGGCAACGGAGACAUCUUGGUGACAGUUGAUGCAGUCCCUGCAGGGGAGUUUGUGGUUAUCCUGAAAGGAACUGACAAGGUGUCAAUCAGUGCAUUUCAGAGGCAAUCCACCACUCAGUUGUCUGUCUCCAAAGUGAACAUCCAGGCCAUGGUGGACAAGAGUGCGGAGCCUGGGGGAAACUACAGCCUCCCGUUCAGUGUUAUGACCCAGGGCCCAGGUGGUAAAUUCACCAUCAGUGGAAGGAAUGACAAAGGCUUCCCAAUGUCAUAUCCAAAAAGUCUCAGCCUGACAACUGGAACAUAUGCCAAUGAAACUCUGAUCAUUACGCCGCCUUCUAACACGACAUCAGGCACUGAUGUCACUUUGACUUUAGAAGCCAAAUCAUCCAAUGGUGUUGACUCCAAUUAUGCUGUCCUGAGAUUGUCUGUUGUUACUAAGAUCACAGAUUUUGUUCAACCCGUGUGUGAAGUCGUAAGCGUAUUGGCUGAUGACUGUCCCCAAGAUAUGUCUCAGUGUACGUUUUUCGAGUGGGAGCUAUCCGCCAACAUUACUGAUGGAAAUGGAACGGGAAUAGCGACAAUUUCCCUCCGCCAGGGGGAUGGAACUCUGUCACACACCUCCCUGAGCGGCCCCAGCAUCCAGGCUAGCUACAACGCCUCCUGCUGUUCCCAAAUUGUUGAGUUUGUAGCUAUUGAUGAAGUCAGCAAUGUUGGCAAGUGCUAUCACUCUAUUGUACGAUCUGCUAGCCAUGCUGCUUUCAGUCUGUCAACGCCUCUGUGCUUGUGCCUCUUGGUGUCUGCUUGGACUGUAAAUGGCUGAACUUAUGCAAAAGAAACACAAUUACAAUUUUAGUUUGUUCAAUACCCCUGUGCUAGUUGAUCAUAAUAAUAAAUAAAUCUUGAGACAGCUGAUGACAAA